AAGUGACGAUGAUUCCUGAGCGACUGCAUCAGGACUGCAAAGGGCUUGUCCUGCUGGGAGUUCUCCUGGGGGUUCUGUGGGAAACCGGAUGCGCCCAAAUUCACUAUUCAGUUCCUGAGGAGCUGGAGAAAGGCUCUAGGGUGGGAAACAUCGCCAAGGACCUGGGGUUGGAGCCCCAGGAACUAGAAGAGCGUGGAGUCCGUAUAGUCUCCAGAGGUAGGACUCAACUUUUCGCUCUGAACCUUCGAAGCGGCAACCUAAUCUCCGCAGGCAGAAUAGACCGGGAAGAGCUCUGUAUGGGCGUCUUAAAGUGUCAAUUAAAUCUGGAGAUUCUGUUGGAGGAUAAAGUAAAAAUAUACGGGGUAGUAGUAGAAGUGAGAGACAUUAACGAUAAUGCCCCCUAUUUCCGGGAAGAUGAAUUAGAAAUAAAAGUGAGUGAAAACGCAGCCACUGGGUUGCGGUUCCCUCUUCCCCACGCUUGGGAUCCGGAUAUCGGGAAGAACUCUCUCCAGAGCUAUGGACUCAGUAGUAAUACUCACUUCUCCCUGGACGUGCAAAGCGGAGCGGAUGGUAACAAGUACCCAGAAUUGGUUUUGGAGUGCGCCUUGGACCGGGAGCAGAAGGCUGUUCAUCACCUUGUUCUCACCGCCUCCGACGGGGGUGACCCAGUCCGCACAGGCACCACGCGCAUCCGUGUGAUGGUAGUUGAUGUGAAUGACAACGCACCAGUAUUUGCUCAGUCUGAGUACCGCGUGAGCGUUCCAGAGAAUGUGGCCGUAGGCACUAAGCUGCUUCUGGUAAGUGCCACCGACCCUGACGAAGGAGCCAAUGUGGAAGUGAUGUAUUCCUUCCGUUAUGUGGACAACAAGGCAGCCCAAGUUUUCAAACUAGAUGCUAAUUUAGGGACAAUUUCAACAAUAGGGGAGCUGAACCACGAGGAAUCAGAAUUCUACGAGAUGGAAGUGCAAGCAGUUGAUAACGCAGGGUAUUCUGCACGAGCCAAAGUCUUGAUCACAGUAUUGGAUGUGAAUGAUAAUGCCCCUGAAGUAGUUGUCAUCUCUCUCUCCAGCUCCAUUCUGGAAAACUCUCCCAGAGGGACAUUAAUUGCCCUUUUAAAUGUAAAUGAUCAAGACUCUGGGGAAAAUGGACAAGUGAUCUGUUUCAUCCGAGGGAAUCUGCCAUUUACAUUAGAAAAGUCUUAUGGAAAUUACUAUAGUUUAGUGACAGACACACUCCUAGACCGGGAACAGGUUCCUAGCUACAACAUCACGGUGACCGCCAGUGACAGAGGAAGUCCGCCCCUGUCCACGGAAACUCCUAUCUCACUGAAAGUAGCAGACACCAACGACAACCCGCCCGCCUUCUCUGACGCUUUCUACUCCGCCUAUAUCGUGGAGAACAACCCUAGAGGAGCCUCCCUAAUGUCCGUGACCGCCUGUGACCCCGACUAUGGAGUGAACGCCCAGGUCACUUACUCAUUGGCCGAGGACAGCCUUCCCGGACCGCCCAUAUCCUCCUACAUCUCCAUCAACUCCAACACUGGCGUUCUGUAUGCGCUGCGUUCCUUCGACUAUGAGCAGUUCCAAGACUUGCAUCUGCAAGUCACAGCGCAGGACAGCGGUGACCCUCCGCUCAGCAGCAACGUGUCUCUGAACUUGUUCCUGGUGGACCAAAAUGACAACGCGCCAGAGAUCCUGUACCCCGCCCUCCCCACCGAUGGUUCCACAGGCGUGGAGCUGGCGCCCUGCUCCGCAGAGCCCGGCUACCUGGUCACCAAGGUGGUGGCGGUGGACAGAGACUCGGGCCAGAACGCCUGGCUGUCCUACCGCCUGCUCAAGGCGAGCGAGCCAGGGCUCUUCGCGGUGGGGCUGCACACGGGCGAGGUGCGCACGGCGCGGGCCCUGCUGGACAGAGACGCGCUCAAGCAGAGCCUGGUGGUGGCGGUGCAGGACCACGGCCAGCCCCCUCUCUCGGCCACCGUCACGCUCACCGUGGCCGUGGCCGACAACAUCCCGGACGUCCUGGCCGACCUGGGCAGCAUCAGGACCCCCGCCGACCCGGACGAUUCGGACCUCACGCUGUAUCUGGUGGUGGCGGUGGCGGCAGUCUCGUGCGUCUUCCUGGCCUUUGUCAUCGUGCUGCUGGCGCUCAGGCUGAGGCGCUGGCACGCGUCGCGUCUGCUCCAGGCUUCCGGAGGCGGGCUGGUGGGCGUGCCGGCCUCGCACUUUGUGGGCGUGGACGGGGUGCGGGCUUUCCUGCAGACCUAUUCCCACGAGGUCUCCCUGACCGCGGACUCGCGGGAGAGUCACGUGAUCUUCCCCCAGCCCAACUACGCGGACACGCUCAUCAGCCAGGAGAGCUGUGGGAAAAGCGAGCCUCUUUUACUGUCAGGUAGUUCAGCGUUCUCUAAAGAUAAUCAUGCAUUAAUUCAGAUGAGUACAUAUCAAAUAUUCUUCUCUGGGUUUUGAACAAAAUAUCUUAGUGUGGGUAGUGUGUAUUUCGAAUUUAGAAAGCAGACGCCAAAAAUUUAUAUAUGCGUGGUAGACACCAAGGACAACUUGGAGGCCUUCUCUCAUGCCUUAUUUAUAACAAUGUUUAUGUAUUUUAUAUAUAUAUAUAAAUUUAUAACCACUUUGGUACUUUUAAAUACUCAAUUUUUUCUAAUUUAAUUAACCAGGUGUACCUUCUUUUAAUUGGUCUUUUUAUUUACCUUUGGCCGCACAACAUUUUUAUGUUGAACAUCUGAUGUCAAUUUAUCCAUUAAAACCCCAAAUUCUUGUAGAGGGAUUCACUCUAAUUUAUGAAAAGUAUAAAUGCAAUUUCAAAUAAACUUUUAUGAGUAGAGGGGUCUCUAACUACACAUGAAGUUGCUAACAAAUUCAUAAAGUGCAUUUAGUUUCUUUUAAAGUGAAGUAAUUGUGGUCAUAGGGGUGCAUACAUUUAUACUUUCUUAGGUCCUAAGUCAUUUCAUGGUUUCACAUAAUUCUUGAACUUCCAAAUAUACCGAGUUUAUUUUCUACAUACUUAAAACUUUGUCAUUGAAAUAUGCAAACAGAGGUGCCCCACUGGCUUAGUGAGUAAGAGUAGCAUGCUCUUGAUCUGGGGUUGUAAGUUCAAGCCCCAUGUUGGGUGUAGAGAUUACCUAAAAGUAAAAUCUUAAAAAAAUAUAUGCAAACAGUGUAAGUGUUGUCAUGAAGAAAAACUGAAGAGAUUGUUUAUUUUUUAUCCCCACUGUAGAUUUUUGGGAAUUCAAUGUAUGUAUGUGUUUCCAGGGGAGAUAUUUCUUUAGUUUACUCAUACUGAUGAUCUUGAUGAUGACUUUGUGAAACAGUUAACAAAUUGUGUUUUGAAUGCAUUUUUGGUAAUGUGGUGCAUUUGCAGUAGUCUCUCUUCUUACGUAAGUUUCCAUAACUUUCACACAUAGAAAAAACUAUGGAAAGUGCUCAGAGUCUAAGUGUUUUUUGAGAACCUAAUGCUUAUUGUAUAACGUUGAACCUAAAUUGAAUGCUAAUUCAUAUUAUUCUUGGGAAAGCAUUGCUGGAACCUGUAAGAAGUUUGGAUCUUUGGGUGAAUUCUGUAAAGGGGUAGGGGAUCAUAGCAUCCUUAUUAUUUUCUCUUUGUUACCAAUCUCCUUUCAAAAAUCCAGUAGUUCAUAUUUAGAAUUAUAAAAGAGAUUAGAAAUCAUUUGAGAAAGAAAGGUAAUUAAAUAGCCCUAAAAUGAAGCAGUUACUGCUAAUGAAUUGACAUGUCACUUUAUGUUUUUCGUGACAACCAGUAUAAAAAAAAGAAAACAUAGGAUGGUUCUAUUUGUCUGAUUUUUAAAAAAGGAAGUUUUUAAGUCUACCUGAAAUUUUGUAUUGACAUUAAGUUCCCAUGGAACUCAAUAAGUAGAGCUUUCUAAGUGAUAUCACUGGGAGUAGCGGGCAGUAUGACCUCCUGUUUUGUAAAAACUAUCAAAACGUUUAUCACAAGGCCAGUUCUCACAUGGUGGUCAAUUCAAAAUGAAAGACAUAACACACAAUAGAAAUUAUUUGGGAAACCUGCGAUAGUUCAGUUAUGCUGACUUCUGUUCACUUAACCUGAUUUAGAGACAAAUCAUUAAGUUAGGGCAAUGAACAAUCAUGACCCUUCAGCUGAAUCUCAAGAAUCAGUGAUCUCAACUAAUGCUUCCAGGUGAGCUAAAUAGGCUUCAUUAAUUUGUUGAGUGAAUGAACAAAUGUGUGUGCUCUGGGGAUUAUCUGCUAUUGGUAUUCUCAGAUGUAGUUUCAUAGAAAAGUAGCAGCUUUGAAAUGAGGUAACUACUCAUUUUGUGACCUUUGACAACUUAUAUAGUGUCUAUCAGCUUCAGCAAAAUUGGGACAAUAAUAUAUAAUUUGAAAGAUUGUGGUGAGGACUAGUGAUAACAUAAACCACCUGGUUCAUAAUAGGUAAUUAAUGGUAGCCAUUUUUUUACAUUGUUGAUAUAAAAAGCUUUUACUGUCAGCACACUUGACAUUCUGUUGUGAAAAGUAAUAAUGAUUUGUGUGUUCUCGUUGUCUAACGGGUUGACCUGUGAGUGGAAGUAAAACUAUUCUAAAGUUUUUAUGAAAGCUAAUUUAAAAAGUUUAGGGGCGCCUGGGUGGCUCAGUCAGUUAAGUGUUUGCCUUUGGCUCAGGUCAUGGUCCCGGGGUCCUGGGAUCGAGCCCCACAUUGCAUUCCCUGCUCAGUAGGGGAGUCUGCUUCUCCCUCUCCCUCCGCCCCUGCUCAUGUGCUCUUUCACUCACUGUCUCUUAAAUAAAUAAUCUUUAAAAAAAACAAGUGCUUAAGUAUUCUUUUUUAAACUUGUUUAAAAAUUGAAUUAUAAUUGACGCACAAUAUUAUAUUAGUUUCAGGUGCAUGACAGCGAUUCAGUAUUUUUUAAAAAUAUUUUGUUUAUUUAUUUUAGAGAGCACGUGAGCAACGGAGGAGCAGAAGGAGAGGGAGGCAAUCUCUAGUGGGCAGACUCUGCACUGAGUGCAGAGCCCAUGACUCUAAGAUCAUGAGCUGAGCCAAAAUCAAGAGUUGGGCACUCACCCACCUGAGCCACCCAGGUGCCCCUCAGUAUUUUUAUAUAUUAUGAAAUGAUCACCUCGAUAGGUCUAGUUACUAUCUGUUACUCUACAGAGUCAUUAUAGUAUUAUUGACUGUAUUCUCUUUGCUGUAUGUUACAUCCCCAUGACUUAUUUUAUAACUGGCUUGUAUCAGUUGAUCCCCUUCCCCUAGGGGGAUUAGGUGAUGGAUGAUUUAUAAACAGCAGAAAUGUAUUGCUUACUGUUUUGAAGGCUGGAAUUCUGAGAUAAGGGUGCCAGGAUGGUCAGGUGAGGGUUUUCUUAUAGAUCACAGACUUUUGGCUGUGUCCUCACAUGGCAGAAGGGGCAAAGGAUCUCCCUAGGCACAUUAUUGGUUGAGAAGCCUCUGUUUGGGGUCAUAAAAGAUGGAGGAACCAUUGUUUUGGAUGGGAGAGUUUUUGAGUGUUAAUUUUUCUCUCUUUUUUUUUUAAAGGUUUAUAAUGACAUGGGACAUUUUUUUUUUAAAGAUUUUAUUUAUUUAUUUGAGAGAGAGAGAGAGAAACAUCACGAGAGGGGAGAGGGUCAGAGGGAGAAGCAGGCUCCCCACUGAGCCGGGAGCCCGACGCGGGAUUCGAUCCCGGGACUCCAGGAUCAUGACCUGAGCCGAAGGCAGUCGCUUAACCAACUGAGCCACCCAGGCGCCCAACAUGGGACAUUUUUAAAAAAGAUUUCAUGUAUUUAUUUGAGAGAGAGAGAGCACAAGCAGGGUGAGGGGCAGAGGGAGAAGCAGACUCCCCGCUGAGUAGGGAACCUGCUGCAGAGCUCGAUGCUAGAGAUGCUAGAACUCCGAGAUCAUGACCUAAGCCGAAGGCAGACACUUAACCGACCGAGCCACCCAGGCGCCCCAGUUUUUCUCUUUCUGAACCAUAGCAAAACCUAAACAAGUGUCCUGUGAAAUUUCUUUUUUCUUUUUUCUUUUUUUUUUAUUCAUGAGAGACAGAGCGGGAGAGAAAGGCAGAGGGAGAAGCAGGCUCCCAAGGAGCAGGGAGCCUGAUGCGGGACUUGAUCCCAGGACCCUGAGAUCAUGACCUGAGCCGAAGGCAGACGCUUAACCAUCUGAGCCACCCAGGCGCCCCCCUGUGAAAUUUCUUAUUUAAAGGACCUAUUUAUUCCAUUAGGAUUGCUAGGAUGAUUUAACUGGAGAAUGGAUCAUCAAAACCUGAAAGCUGGAGUUAUUUGGUUUUGGUCACAUGAGAGUUUAAGCUAACAUAAUGUAUUGUUUUUAAGAUUUUUAUUUAUUUAUUUCUUUGAGAGAGAGAAAGUGCACAAGCAGAGGGAGAGGGAGAAGCAGACUCCCCACUGAGUGGGGAGCCCGAUGUGGAUCUCAAUCCAGGACCCCAGGAUCAUGACCUGAGCCACCCAAGCACCCCUAACAUAAUGUAUUUAAUGUAAGAUGUCAAUCUUAGCUUUAGGAUAAUUUGUUGACAAUUUGGGACUGAUAAUUAGGAUAUUUGUUGAUUUUUUUUUUUUUUUUAGAGUAACCAGGCAGUGGAUUUGGAUGUUUAUUUUUGUGCUGGUUCCAGUAAUGAAAUUACGUCAAGAAUUUGGCUUGUCUUCCUAUGUGUUAAGAAUGGUGGGUUUUCGUUCACUUAGUCUAAUAAGUUGAAGUGUUCAUCUAUAAUUUAAAAGUUGCAGCUUCACUAUUUCAUAGAACCUAAAGUUGAAAUGUAAUCUAUCAACAUUCUUCCCCCACAUCCAUUCUAGAAGAGAUAUUAGGCUGUUUGAAGCAGAAAUAGGCUAGGAUCCUUGGUGAGACUGUACAACUAGUUGAUACUGUGCAACCCAUAGAUCAUUUUGUUUCAUUUUAUUUAAAAUUUUUUUUUUAUUUGUUAGAGCACAAGCUGGGGGAGCAGCAGGCAGAGGGAGAAGCAGGCUCCCUGCUGAACAAGGAGCCCGAUGUGGGACUCAAUCCCAGGGCCCUGGGAUCAUGACCUGAGCUGAAGGCAGACGCUCAACCGACUGAACCAUCCAGGCAUCCUCUCAGAGAUCAUUUUAAGCUGAAUUAGAAGGCUAAUGAUAAAUGAAUGGGCUGUAUCAGUUUUCUCAGUUACAUGUGACAGUAUAGUUGUGAUCAUGAAUUGAAUUUUUCUGGUGAAAAAUCUGCUUUUUCUUCAUGCAAGAUACCAAGUCCAAAAAAUUAAACACAUCCACGUUAAAUAUGUGUAGUUCUUUGUGUAUCAACUAUACCUCAAUAAAACUACUUUUAAAAAUUUUAAAGCAAACAGUGUGAAGGGAUAUUGAUCAAAGUAGUGAGUGUAUAUAUUAGGAAAGAGACAGAUUUACUCUCCUGAGUUAAACUUAAGAGUUCAUUGGGGCACCUGGGUGGCUCAGUUGGUUAAGCGACUGCCUUCGGCUCAGGUCAUGACCCUGGAGUCCUGGGAUCAAGUCCCACAUCGGGCUCCCUGCUCGGCAGGGAGUCUGCUUCUCCCUCUGACCCUCCCCCCUCUCAUGCUCUCUCUCUCUAUCUCAUUCUCUCUCUCAAAUAAAUAAAUAAAAUCUUAAAAAAAAAACUUAAGAGUUCAUUUUUAGGAAACCAUAUCUACUGAAAAGUUAUCAAUAAAAGAAUGUACUGUUUAGGAUUCUUAAAAUACUAAUAGGAAAAGAUAGCCUAUGGCAAAGGUAAUUGAAAAAAACCUUUGAUAGAGGAUGAGUUUCCUUGAUACCAAAUGGGAAGAGUUCUGGUUCAAGAAGAUGCGAAGAAAUUGUCAUCAGAUCAACUAUAGACUCAAGAUAAUUUAUAUGUAAAAGAAAUCAGUACUUCUGCAGUUUCUCUUAGAGAAGCCAUAAAAAGAUCUAUGUAUAAUGUCAUUAAUGACAAGUAUAAUUUCUUAGUUCAUCUUUAAGUCUCUGAAAUGUUUCAUACAAUGAUUUAUACCCCUUCUAAAUAUUCAGUAAAAGGCUUCAGUUCAGUAAUUAGAAAACGGUCUCUUACAUAGAUCAAUGGAACAGAAUAGAAAACCCAGAAAUGGACCCACAACUAUAUGGUCAACUCAUCUUCAACAAAGCGGGAUAGAAUAUCCAAUGGAAAAAAGAGAGUCUCCGCAAUAAAUGGUGUUGUGAAAACUGGACAACAACAUGCAGAAGACUGAAACUGGACCACUUUCUUACACCAUUCACAGAAAUAAAUUCAAAAUGGAUGAAACACCUAAAUAUAAGACAGGAAACCAUCAAAAUCCUAGAGGAGAACACAGGCAGCGACCCCUUUGACCUCAGCCGCAGCAACUUCUUACUAGACAUAUAGCCGGAGGCAAGGGAAAUAAAAGCAAAAAUGAACUAUUGGGACCUCAUCAAAAUAAAAAGCUUCUGAAGGAAACAAUUUACAAAACUAAAAGGCAACCAAUGUAAUGAGAGAAGAUAUUUGCAAAUGACGUAUCAGAUAAAGGGCUAAUAUCCAGAAUCUAUAAAGAACUUAUCAAGCUCAAUACCCCAAAAAACAAAUAAUCCAGUUAAGAAAUGGGCAGAAGACAUGAACAGACAUCUGGAAAGAAGACAUCCAGAUGUGCUAACAGACACAUGAAAAUAUGCUCAAUGUUACUCAUCAGGGAAAUACAAAUCAAAACCACAGUGAGAUACCACCUCACACAGGAAACAGGAUGGUGGUGAGGAUGUGGAGAAAGGGGAACCCUCUUAUACUGUUGGUAGGAAUGCAAACUGGUGCAGCCACUCUGGAAAACAGUAUGGAGGGUCCUCAAAAAGUUAAAAAUAGAACUUCUCUAUGGUCCAGCAAUGACACUACUAGGUAUUUACCCAAAGGAUACAAAAAUAAAUAGUUGCCUUAAACAUACGCUUUUCAUAUUGUGUAACUUCUUAGAGGCUUUCUGUAUAUUUGUGGCUGAAGAUCCAGCCAGUAAUUCAUCCUGAGACUGUUAUUUGGAAAAAAUAAAGCUUCCAUAUAAAAAAAUUUUUUUAAAGAGACAGCCUAAAAAUUAUCUUAAGUAUCAAGAAACUAUAAAAAGAAGUCAUCACUUUGACCUCGUAUGGUGGAGUCACUGAGAAUAUGAAUUCCCAGGAAUAUUUAAUUGGAUAAAUAAGGCUGUACUACUACUACCUUUCAGCCUAUAAAUUCCAUUGAGAAACAUCUUUCUCUUUGUUCUCAACUCUCCAGAACAUUGAGCUUUCAUUACUUCAGGCUGCAGUGCUAAGGCAGGGACUCAGAGCACUGCUGUGAGUCAAUGUGGAAAUAGAGAUUAACAAGGAGAUCUGUGAAGGUUCCUGCUGGGUGACUUUCCCCACGGGACCUUGCCAAAGAUAUGGGGCUAGGUGUCCAGGACUUGCUUGUUCAGAAGCUGUGGAUUAACGUGGAAAAAGAAUAGUUCAGUCUGAGUGAAGAAAGUAGACACUUAACUUGUAACAGGAUGGACCUGGAACAUAAAAGACCAUAUACCAUAGUUUGUAUCAAAUGUUUAGAAAUGGUAGUUGAAAAGCCUUUAAAUGCUUUCCACCCUAAUAUAGAUGUGCAAGGUGCCAAUGAUAAUACUCCCCAGUUCAUCAGGAGUGUUACUGACUCAAAUAUGUGAACUGACCCAGCUUGGGGCAAGAUCCGUAAUAGAACCUACGGAAGAUACUGAUGUUGGAAGCUAUUCCUUUACAAAAUUGCCACCUUAGCAGCAACACUUUGUCUUUGAAGUAACAGACCAACAGUGGAAACAAAUAUGUUGAGCCUGUGUUAGAGAAGCCACUGGACUAGGAAAAGCAAAACUCAUGUGGCUUAGUCCUGAUAACCUUAGAUGACAAAGACGGUCCUGAAGCAGCACUGCUCAGAUCCCCACCCUGGCAGUUGAUGCAGUUAUACCCCCCUCCUCAGUUUCAGCCAGAAUGUGUCUGGACUCAGCCUUUUAGAAGACAUGCCUCUGGGCACCUCCAUGGUGAGGGUGAGGGCCACUGACCCAUAUGAGAAUAGCCGUGUGGAUAUCAGAUAUGUCUUUGCUUCCCAGAGUACCAGUUUAAUCUUGAUCACAAUCGUAGUGAGAUGAAAACUUUAAGUACAUUGGGCUAUGAUGAGAUUAAAACAUGCUCCAUGGUUUGGGAAGCAAGGAAUGGUGGAAGGGGAGGACUGAUUGCCUAGUGUAGUUGAGAUCAAAAUUCUGGAUGAUAAUGACAAAAUACCAGAGCUGAUUUUUACUUCUUUUUCCACAAUGAUUUCUGAAGAUUCUGCACCUUAAAAAGUAAUGACUCUGUUUAAAACACAGGAUCCAGGGCACCUGGGUGGCUCAGUUGGUUAAGCGACUGCCUUCGGCUCAGGUCAGGAUCCCGGAGUCCUGGGAUCGAGUCCCACAUCGGGCUCCCGCCUCAGCGGGGAGCCUGCUUCUCCCUCUGACCCUCUCCCCUCUCAUGCUGUUUCUCUGUCUCUCUCUCUUUCUCUCAAAUAAAUAAAUAAAUAAAAUCUUUAAACAAACAAACAAACAAACAAAAAACCCACAGGAUCCAGAUUUGGCAGAAGAAGGGAGGUCACGUGUCUGGUACAGAUUCAGAAUUGAAUCUUCUACCGAUAAUUACUACAUGCUUGCAACAGAUGGGGCCCUGGACUGGGAGCCGACCCUAGGGUCCAAUGUUACCAUCAUGGCCACAGACAGAAACAAGUCACUUCUCUCCUCCAGCAGAAAUACCACCCUACACGUUGGUGACAUCAACAACAGGCCAGUUUUCCACCAGGCCUCCUGGUGGUCCACAUGGCCAAGAAUAGCCCUCCCAGAACCUCCAUUGCCCAAGUCUGCACCUCAGAUCCUGACCUGGGACCCAACAGCAGUAUCUCUUACUCCUUUGUGGCCAAUUUUUGUACUUUAAAUGAAUUGGAGGUAGCACAGAAUGCUGGAUAGGGACAGUUCCUAGUAAUCAGGUGGAUCCGAAUAAUGUUAGCAUAGCAUUUCACUCAACUUACAGUUUACAAACCCUUGAAAAAUUAUAUAAUAACAUUUGCAUAUAAAAUUCCCUGUUAUGUAUCACUGUCAGUGGUUAGAUUGCAGUCUAAAAUAUAACAGGGAAAUAUAAAUAUAUAAUAUAAAAUUAUAUAAAUAUAAAAUAUAAAAAGGAAAAGGAAAUAUUAACUGUUGGAAAGUACAUAUAGGUAAAGUGGGUAAUAAGGAAGCUGUAAAGAGUGAAAGGAAAAUUACUCGUAAGUCAAGAUAAAGAAUAUUAGUAAGAUGUAUAAAAUAGUGUCUGAUUGGUUACGGUAGGAAUAAUUUAUUUUUGACGGUAGGAUUCCUUAUUGGUGUGGAUUCUGUUGUCUAAGCUAUGUUAAUUUUAUUGUAAAUGCACCUGGCUGUUGGUCUCUAAAAGGAAUUCAGGAUAUUAGAUAAUUUGGCAUCUUCAACCCAGAUUCCAUUGUUCACCCAAAGAGUUUGCUAAUGCUUGGAAACCAAGAAAAGUCAAGCAUCUCAACAACUAUGUGUCACUUGCAUAUAUUGGCUUUAUCUUGUGUAGUAUUUUCUCUAACAGUGUGUUAAGGAAGGCCCUGAAUAUUCCUGGUGAGCAAAGGGCACUUAUUUGACAUCUAUUGAUUCUUCUAUUUGCCUUGUUUUAAACUGAUUUUUGCAUGUUAUAUGAGGUAACAAAUCAAUGAGGUAGGAGUCAAGGUUCUUUUUCCCCAUAUGAUGCCCAGUUUCUCCAACAUCAUUUGUUGAAAGGAUGUUCAUUUUCCUGUUGAAUUGAUUUGGCACCCUUGUUGAAAAUCAUUUGAUACAAAUAGGUCUAUUUCUCAACUCCCUGUCAUGUGCCAUGGAUCUUUUUGUCCUUUUGCCACAACCACACUGUCUAGAUUAUUGUAGCUUUAUAGUAAGUCUUGAAGUCAGGUAGGUAAAUCUUCCAUCCUUUUUCUUGUUUUCACAUUGUUUUGACUAUUCAUGAUCCUAUCUCUUUCCAAAUAAAAUUCAUUUUCUCACUUUCCAGAGAGAGAGAAAAAGCCUGCAAGGGGUUUGAAUGGGAUUGACCAAAUCUAUAAAUCUUUUGGGAGAGAGGUCAUUUGAACAAUAUUGAGACUUACAGCAUAUGGGAAUGGUAUUAUAUUUCCAUGUAUUUUAGAUCUUUAACUUCUCUUAGCAAUGUUUCAGAGUUUUUAGUGUAGAGGUCUUGUAUAUCUUCCAUUAAAUUAUUCCUAUGUAUUUUAUGGUUUUGGAUAUUAUUGUAAAAUGUAUUUUAAUUUAAUUUUAUGAUUGUUGCUGGCUUACAGAAAAACUUGAUUUUUGUAUACUUCAUAUGGUUUUGAAAAACAGGAAGUGUGGUGCACUCUAGUCUCAUACUAUGUGAGAAUAUAAUGUAAAAGAGUAUAGUAUAAGCUUAAGCCACCUCCACUUAAGUUCAGGCAUCCAUUCUCUGAAAUAUAUAGGUUGGAAGAGCCCAUCCAAAAACAAAGUAAACACUAGUGUCUUCCCCAAGUCUAGCAGUGGUUGGAUCAUUCAUUCAUUUAUAUAACAAAUAUUAUUAAGUGCCUGCUACAUGCAAAACACUGUCCUAAGUUCCAAGUAUGCACCAAUGAACAAGGCAAAUGCGAUUCCUGACUUAAUGGGUCCCUUUCUAAGGUAUGGUCUUUAAGAAGUCUGAUAAAUACCUCCAAAGAGAAAAACAAAGAUGCUAAGAGAGCUUAUAAUAGGGAGGCCUCCCCUAGUCUGGGAGGGUCAGGGAGAAGUUCUUUCAGGAAGUUAUAAAUUUAACAUGAGAUCUGAAAGAUGAGUAGAAGUUAGGUAGGUAACAAGGAGAAUAAAGGAGAAAUUGGUGGAGCAAAUAGUGGUGUGAAAGUCCUUUAAGAAAAGGUGAGCAAUUGAAAAAGUCUAGGGAGGCUAAAAAUGUUAAAUAAGUAGAUGAGGUACAUCUAUUACAAGGCAGAGUCCUGUAAACCAUAUUAAAGAUUCUGGAUUUUAUUCUAAGUACUUUCAUAUUUAGGAGUUUUUGAAUGGUUUUAAACAAGGCAGUGACAAAAUAUGUUUUGAAUUUUUAAAAGCUGUCUCUGGUUUCCUGUGUGGCAAAUUGAUUUCUGAGGGUAAUAAAUGGAAGUAGGGAGAACAGAUGGGAGACUAUGGCAAUGUUCCUGAUAAGAAAUGGUGCUGGAUGGGGUGCCUGGGUGGCUCAGUCAUUAAGUAUCUGCCUUCGGCUCAGGUCAUGAUCCCAGGGUCCUGGGAUCCAGCCCCACAUUGGGCUCCCUGCUUGGUGGGAAGCCUGCUUCUCCCUCUCCCACUCUCCCUGCUUGUGUUUCUGCUCUCACCAUCUCUCUGUCUGUCAAAUAAAUAAAACCUUAAAAAAAAUUGUGCUGGAUUGGAUUAAAGGGAAGGUAGUGGAUGUAGAAACAAAUGGAUGGAUUGGAGAUAUAUUUAAGAAAUAGAUACAACAAGACAGUAGUGGAAUGGAGGAAUGUAAACUCUUUAAGGUCAGGGACUAUUUUCUUUAUUACAUUAUUCAGUGUCUGGAAAAAUCAUUGCCUGGCCGCUGGUAGAUUCACAAUUAAAUAUUGUUGACUGAAUAAAUACAGUGGAUGAAAGAGGGGGAGGAUUAAGAAUCAUUUCCAGAUUUGUGAAUUAAGGAACUGGAUGGACAAAGGUACCAUUUGUGAGUUGUGGAAGACUAGUGAAGGAUAGAUCACAGAGAAAUUAGGAGUUGUGAAGUUAUUUGAGAUUCUGUGAAAUAUCCAAGUGCAGAUACUAAGAGUGUGGUUGGACAUAAUGGUAACCAUUCUUUUACUCUGAUUCCUUCCAUUGUGAUAAUCCAUUCAGGUGGGUAGAUCCUUACCAGGCUGAGCAUGAUAAGCUUCCUGACAGCUCUAUACUGGUAUGUUCUGGGACUCAUCAUAGUGCUACCCCUGUGCUUUAUUUUUCUUCCUGAUCACUUUUUCAUUAUUAGAGAUAUCUGUUACCCAGAGAACCUCAGUGUUUAAUUCAUGUCCACCCUACUUUUCAGACUAGUUCCGGUGCCAAGUUCUUUCUGCCUCUGGAAUUGUGUUUGGAUUAUAAUUUACCAGGCUGUUUUAUUGUUGCUUAAUUUUCUUGGUUGUAUAUUUUUCAUGCUAAUUUUUAAGCCUAGUAUUUUUUUCACCAUCUAUUGUUGGCUUACAAACAGCAAAAUUUCAGAUAAGGAACGUUUGGGAUAAGGAUGCAUAGCAAUAAUAAUAAAAUCAUUGGAUUUUAAUAUUACUGAUACACUUGGAAGAAAUACCCACACGUACCUUAGGCAUCCUUUACAUUCCUUAGUAACCAUGUUUAAAAGAUAAUAUUUUUUUUUCUGUGACUUUCAUCUGACAUAUAUUUGCUGCUUCCUCACUGUGUUCUCUUUCUCUCCCUAACAAGAAUAUAAGCUCCUUCAUGGCAAGGAUUUAUUUUUUUCUAUGCUAUAUUUUUAAGGCCUGUAACAGUGCUUGACUUUGUUAAGCUCUAAAUGAAUAUUUCCUGAAUAAAUUAAUGGUAAUUAAGCAUUUUAAGUUGAAACCAACAGUGUUGAUGAUGGUUGAACUUCUUCUCCCCCUAAGGGGAUAGAAAUUUUCCAUAUUUUGAUAGAGGUAUGAUUAUAUGGGUAUAUACAUUUGUCCAAACUCAUUGAACUCAAGAUCCUUGCUGUUCACUGUACAUAAACUAUACUUUAAUUUAAAAAGAGAAAACAAAUAAAACAUCAGAUUCCCCCCACCUACUCUUGCCUCCAUACUCACCCCCAAGAGGUCACUACUGUUAAUAUCUGAUUAUGUAUACUUCCAGGCACUUUUUGUAUAUGUAGGUAUGUGUGUGUGUUUUUGAGUAACAGGGAUCAUUUUAUAGAAAGUAUACUGUUCUGCAACUUGCUUUUCCCAAUUAAUAAUAUUUCUGAUGCCUUUUGAGUACUUUUAGGUCUGCCAUCUACCACAAUCUUAAUAAUUUUCCUUUAUUUUGUGAUAAGAAACACAUUUACAUGGUUCAAAAAUCAAAAGGAUGUAUAAUAGGUAUAUAUUGUCUUAUUCCAAUUCCUGACUUAUUCUUCUACCCCUGUUUCCUCCUGCACCCAUACAUUUUAUUAGUUUCUUAAGUAUCCUUUCAGCAUUUCUUUAUACAGAUAGGGGGCAAGUAUGGACACAUAUUUUUUCCACGUUUCUUGCAAAAAAGAUAUACUGUUCUCUAUCUUGAGUUCAUGACUCCACAAUAUAUCCUUUAAAAAUCUUUCCAUAUUAAUACAUAAGAGAGUUUUUUUUUUUAACAGCUGCUUGGUAUUCCAUUGUGCUAUUUAUCAGUAUCCUGGUAAAUAAAUUCGUACUUGGGAUGUUUCUAGUCUUUGAGUAUCACAAACAAUUGCAUUGAAUAGUCUUGUACUUAUAUUAUUUUGUGCAUGUGCAGUAUAUAUGUGGGAUGAAUUCCCAAAAGUAGAAUUGCUGGGUUAAAGAGUAGAUAGGUUUAUAAUGUUUAUAGGUGCCUUCACAGCAAGUUUUCUCUUUUUUUUUUUUUGCAUUUUUUUAUUAUUAACAUAUAAUGUAUUAUUUGUUUGAGGGGUACAGGUCUGUGAUUCAUCAGUCUUACACAAUACACAGCACUCACCACAACACAUACCCUCCCCAACGUCCAUCACCCAGCCACCCCAUCCCUCCCACUCCCCUCCACUCCAGCAACCCUCAGUUUCCUGAGAUUAAGAGUCUCUUAUGGUUUGUCUCCCUCUCUGGUUUUGUCUUGUUUCAUUUUUUUCCUCUCUUCCCCUAUGAUCCUCUUCAAAUUCCACAUAUCAGUGAGAUCAUAUGAUAAUUAUCUUUCUCUGAUUGACUUAUUUAGCUUAGCAUAAUACCCUUUAGUUCCAUCCACAUCAUUGCAAAUGGCAAGAUUUCAUUUUUUUGAUGGCUGCAUAGUGGACAUCUGGGCUCUUUCCAUAGUUCGGCUAUUAUGGACAUUGAUCCUAUAAACAUUGGAGUGCAGGUGCCUCUUGGGUUUACUACAUUUGUAUCUUUGGAGUAAAUACCCAGUAAUACAAUUGCUGGGUUAUGGGUAGCUCUAUUUUCAACUUUUUGAGGAACCUCCAUACUGUUUUCCAGAGUGGCUGCACCAGCUUGCAUUCCUACCAACAGUGUAGGAGGGUUCCCCUUCCUCCACAUCCUCGCCAACAUCUGUCAUUUCCUGACUUGUUAAUUUUACCCAUUCUUACUAGUAUGAGGUGGUAUCUCAUUGAGGUUUUGAUUUGUAUUUCCCUGAUGCCGAGCAACGUUGAGCACUUUUUCAUGUGUCUGUUGACCAUUUGGAUGUCUUCUUCGCAGAAAUGUAUCUUCAUGUCUUCUGCCCAUUUCUUGAGUGGAUUAUUUAUUCCUUGGGUGUUGAGUUUGAUAAGUUCUUUAUAGAUUUUGGAUACUAGCCCUUUAUCUGAUAUGAUAUUUACAAAUAUCUUCUCCCAUUCUGUUCGUUGUCUUUUGGUUUUGUUGACUGUUUCCUUUGCUGUGCAAAAGCUUUUUAUCUUGAUGAAGUCCCCAUAGUUCAUUUUGCCCUUGCUUCCCUUGCCUUUGGCGAUGUGUCUAGGAAGAAGUUGUUGUGGCUGAGGUUGAAGAGAUUGCUGCCUCUGUUCUCCUCAAGGAUUUUGAUGGAUUCCUGUCUCACAUUUAGGUCUUUCAUCCAUUUUGAGUCUAUUUUUGUGUGUGGUGUAAGGAAAUGGUCCAGUUUCAUUCUUCUGCAUGUGGCUGUCCAAUUUUCCCAACACCAUUUGUUGGAGACUGUCUUUUUUCCAUUGGACAUUCUUUCCUGCUUUGUCAAAGAUUAGUUGACCAUAGAGUUGAGGUCCAUAUCUGGGCUCUCUAUUCUGUUCCAUUGAUCUCUGUGUCUGUUUUUGUGCCAGUACCAUACUGUCUUGAUGAUGACAGCUUUGUAAUAGAGCUUGAAGUCCAGAAUUGUGAUGCCACUAGCUUUGGUUUUCUUUUUCAACAUUCCUCUGGCUUUUCGGGGUCUUUUCUGGUUCCAUACAAAUUUUAGGAUUAUUUGUUCCAGUUCUGUGAAAAAAGUUGAUGGUAUUUUGAUAGAGAUUGCAUUAAAUGUGUAGAUUGCUCUAGGUAGCAUUGACAUUUUAACAAUAUUUGUUCUUCCAAUCCAUGAGCAUGGAAGGUUUUUCAUUUCUUUGUGUCUUCCUCAAUUUCUUUUGUGAGUAUUUUAUAGUUUUCUGAGUACAGAUCCUUUGCCUCUUUGGUAGAUUUAUUCCUAGGUAUCUUACGGUUUUGGGUGCAAUUGUAAAUGGGAUCAACUCCUUAAUUUCUCUUUCUUCUGUCUCGUUGUUGGUGUAUAGAAAUGCAAAUGAUUUCUGUGCAUUGAUUUUAUAUCCUGCUACUUUACUGAAUUCCUGUAUGAGUUCUAGCAGUUUUGGGGUGGAGUCUUUUGGGUCUUCCACAUAAAGUAUCAUAUCAUCUGCAGAGAGUGAGAGUUUGACUUCUUUGCUGAUUCAGAUGCCUUUUAUUUCUUUUUGUUGUCUGAUUGCUGAGGCUAGGACUUCUCGUACUAUGUUGAACAGCAGUGGUGAUAGUGGACAUCCCUACUGUGUUCCUGACCUUAAGGGAAAAACUCUCAGUUUUUCCCCAUUGAGAAUGAGAUUCACUGUGGGUUUUUCAUAGAUGGCUUUUAUGAUACUGAGGUAUGUACCCUCUAUCCCUACACUGUGAAGAGUUUUAAUCAAGAAAGGAUGCUGUACUUUGUCAAAUGCUUUUUCUGCAUCUCUAUUGAGAGUAUUAUAUGGCUUUUGUCCUUUCUUUUAUUAAUGUAGUGUAUCACAUUGAUUGAUUUGUGGACGUUGAACCAACCUUGCAGCCCAGGAAUAAAUCCCACUUAGUCAUGGUGGAUAAUCCUUUUAAUGUACUAUUGGAUCCUGUUGGCUAGUAUUUUGGUGAGAAUUUAUGUGUCCAUGUUCAUCAGGAAUAUUGGUCUGUAAUUCUCCUUUUUGGUGGGGUCUUUGCCUGGUUUUGGGAUGAGGGUAAUGCUGGUCUCAUAAAAUGAAUUUGGAAGAUUUCCUUCCAUUUCUAUUUUUUGGAAAAGUUUCAGAAGACUAGGUAUUAAUUCUUCUUUAAAUGUUUGGUAGAAUUCCCCUGGGAAGCCAUCUGGCCCUGGGCUCUUGUUUGUUGGGAGAUUUUUGAUUACUGCUUCAAUUUCCUUGCUGGUUAUGGGUCUGUUCAGGUUUUCUCUUUCUUCCUGUUUCAGUUUUGGUAGUUUAUAUGUCUCUAGGAAUGAAUCCAUUUCUUCCAGAUUGUCUAAUUUGUUGGCAUAAAGUUGCUCAUAAUAUGUUCUUAUAAUUAUUUGUAU